CUACAAUCGUGUGGUCCACAGUGCUCCUCGUCGCGUCCGCUCGCUGGCAUAGCUCAUGUGGUUGGCUGCGAUCCGGAAUUCCGUCUCAACUUCAUCUCGAGCUUCCGCUUCUCGCUUUUUAUCCUUCUGCAGCGUCACAAUGUCUUCCCAAACUGAGAUCAAGUGGGUCGGCGCUCGUCCCGACGACCUGCACCACCACUUGCGUGACGGUGAUGCUGCUCUAAGCCGCACGGUGACGCACGUGACGUCCCAGUUCGCACGCUGCAUCGUGAUGCCCAACUUGGUGCCGCCCGUGACCACCACGGAGCAAGCUUUGGCCUACCGCGAGCGCAUCAUGGCUCACGUUCCCGAAGAGAAGCGCGAGCCUAACAGUCCCAACGGCUUCGAGCCUUUAAUGACGCUCUACAUGACGGACGGCACGACCGCCGACGAGAUCCGUCGCGCCGCCGAAACCAAGAAAAUCUUUGCUGUUAAGCUCUAUCCCGCGGGAGCUACGACCAACUCGGACUCUGGAGUGACCAAGAUCGACAACAUUUACCCGGCACUUGAAGCCAUGGCCGACGUCGGGAUGCCGCUGCUAGUACACGGUGAAGUAACCGACCCAUCGGUGGAUCUAUUCGACCGCGAAGCCACGUUCGUAGAGCAGGUGAUCAAGCCUUUGGUGGCCAAGUUCCCGCAACUUAAGGUCGUGAUGGAGCACAUUACCACCAAAGAAGCGGCCGAGUUCGUCACCAACGCGCCAGCUAAUGUUGCUGCAACCAUCACCCCGCAACAUUUGCUGUACAACCGCAACGCAAUCUUCCAAGGUGGUCUCCGCCCACACAAGUACUGUCUGCCUGUACUGAAGCGAGAGACGCACCGUCAAGCUCUGCUCCAGGCUGUUGCCAGUGGCAGCAAGAAGUUUUUCCUCGGUACAGACAGCGCUCCACACGUGUCUUCCAAGAAGGAAUCAGGCUGUGGAUGUGCCGGUAUCUACUCGGCUCACGCUGCUCUUGAACUGUACGCAGAAGCCUUCGAGUCCAUUGGCAAACUGGACUUGCUGCGUGCCUUCGCGUGCGAGAACGGAGCCGAUUUCUACGGCAUCAAGCGCAAUACUGUAGGCGAGACAGUCUUGAAGAAGGAGGACUGGACUGUGCCGGACAGCUACCCGUUCGACAACGGCGUGGUGGUCCCUCUUAAGGCCGGAGAGACCAUCAGCUGGAAGCUACAGCAGUAAAAGUGUGUUAGGAAGCAGACGGAGUAGUGGUCUGUUCACGCAAGUCCAAGCUGGCGCGUUUCUCCCUUGUCUUCAUGUCAAACACCGACGUUAGAAUCCGACACGUUGGCUCAUGAACUGCCGUUGAGUUUGGAGGAGAAGUGUGUCCAUUUGAGUCUCCUUUCUUCUUGCCUGUUGUCAUGACGCUGCCUCGUACGAUCAGAGCAGUUAAGAAGCUCAAAAAGUCCGAAAAAUCUCGAAACACUUGACUCACUCGAUAGCACGACUUGCCCACGUUGUUGUCAGGCUGUAAAGGGUCUUCGAUGACCAGCAAACCGUCACGUGAUAGCGGUGGCGCUAGCAUCAAGGGCGAGUUGGAGCGGGAGCGACCCACAGUAGGAGACAGAGAAGGAGACAGCGCAGGGGACAUGGACCUCGCCAUAGGAGACGUAUCCACCGACAGCAUCGUCGGCUCACCCCAUGACACGACGGACACUUGAUCCAGGUUCUGUCUGAAGUCGUUGCCGUAAAAUUGCAGGAAAUCCAUGAGUAAUUUGCCUAAAAGAUAAGGCUUGGUCUCGUGUUCGUCGUCCUCGGAUCCAGUCACAAACGACGGGAGGACAGCGCGUUUCGCUCUCUUCUUGUGCUUCUUCGUCUCGUUCUUCUUUGGUUGUUGCUUGGCUGAACAUUGCUUGACGAUUUCUUUCGCUAUUAACUCUCCUUUGAGACACUGAGCUUCAUACCGAGGAUGCCA